CUUACCACCAACUGUUGUCGCUCUCUCACCAAUUGUCCACCGCAACCAUGGCCCCAAUCGCGCAGAAGAAGGACAAAUACUCUGUCCUUCUCCCCACAUACAAUGAACGCCGCAACCUGCCCAUAAUAGCAUGGCUGCUGCACAAGACGUUCACGGAGAACAACCUUGACUGGGAGCUCAUCAUCGUGGACGACGGCUCGCCCGACGGAACGCAAGAAGUCGCCGCCCAGCUCCAGAAAGUGUACACGGAGAAGCACAUCCAGAUCCGCGCCCGCGCAGGGAAACUGGGGCUGGGGACUGCAUACGUGCAUGGCCUGCAGUUCGCGAGCGGUAAUUUCGUCAUCAUCAUGGACGCCGACUUCUCGCACCACCCCAAGUUCAUCCCGCGCAUGAUCGCGCUGCAGAAGACCAAGAACUACGACAUCGUCACCGGCACCCGCUACGCCGGCGAUGGCGGUGUUUACGGCUGGGACCUCAAGCGCAAGUUCGUGUCCCGCGGCGCGAACUUGUUUGCGGAUACGGUGCUCAGGCCGGGCGUCAGCGAUCUCACGGGAUCUUUCCGGUUGUACAAGAGAGAGGUGCUGCAGAAGGUCAUCCGCAGCACGGAGAGCAAGGGGUACACGUUCCAGAUGGAGAUGAUGGUGCGGGCAAAGGCCAUGGGUUGCACGGUUGCCGAAGUGCCCAUCUCGUUCGUCGACCGUCUGUACGGCGAGAGCAAGCUCGGUGGAGAUGAGAUCGUCGAGUACGCCAAGGGCGUGCUGAACUUGUGGUUGAAGGUCUGAGAGUGUUGCAUGGCGUCGGCGUUGGGCGGAAUCAUGGGCAUUUGGGGGCUGACGGGGCUGCUGGUGCAUGAUAUCUACGGCUGCGUGAAGAUGAUUACUUGGGCUUUGCGUAUAUCUACUACUGCCUUUAACUAUAACAAUUCACUUCUUCUCCUUUGUUGCAUCAAA